AUGUAUCGAUACGAGAACAUAGAUAGUCUGUUGUUAGUUGCUAUUUAUCAAGUCGAGAACAUAGAUAGCCUGUUGUUAGCUGCUAUAUAUCGAGACGAGAAUAUAGAUAGUCUGUUGUUAGAUGCUAUUUAUCGAGACGAGAACAUUGAUAGUAUGUUAUUAGUUGCUAUGUAUCGAGGCAAGAUCACAGAUAGUCUGUUGUUAGUUGCUAUGUAUCGAUACGAGAACAUAGAUAGUCUGUUGUUAGUUGCUAUGUAUCGAUACGAGAACAUAGAUAGUCUGUUGUUAGCUGCUAUAUAUCGAGUCGAGAACAUAGAUAGCCUGUUGUUAGCUCCUAUAUAUCGAGACGAGAAUAUAGAUAGUCUGUUGUUAGAUGCUAUUUAUCGAGACGAGAACAUUGAUAGUAUGUUAUUAGUUGCUAUGUAUCGAGGCAAGAUCACAGAUAGUCUGUUGUUGGUUGCUAUGUAUCGAUACAAGAACAUAGAUAGUCUGUUGUUAGUUGCUAUGUAUCGAUACGAGAACAUAGAUAGUCAGUUGUUAGCUGCUAUAUAUCGAGUCGAGAACAUCGAUAGCCUGUUGUUAGCUGCUAUGUGUCGAGACGAGAACAUAGAUAGUCUGUUGUUAGAUGCUAUGUGUCGAGACGAGAACAUAGAUAGUCUGUUGUUACAUGCUAUGUAUCAAGUCGAGAACAUAGAUAGUCUGUUGUUAGUUGCUAUAUAUCAAGUCGAGAAGAUAGAUAGUAUGUUGUUAGCUGCUAUGUAUCGAUACGAGAACAUAGAUAGUCUGUUGUUAGCUGUUAUGUAUCAAGUCGAGAACAUAGAUAGCCUCUUGUUAGCUGCUAUGUAUCGAGACGAGAACAUAGAUAGUCUGUUGUUAGCUGCUAUGUAUCGAUACGAGAACAUAGAUAGUCUGUUGUUAGCUGUUAUGUAUCAAGUCGAGAACAUAGAUAGUCUGUUGUUAGCUGCUAUGUAUCGAGACGAGAACAUAGAUAGUCUGUUGUUAGCUGCCAUGUGUCGAGACGAGAACAUAGAUAGUCUGUUGUUAGUUGCUAUGUGUCGAGUCGAGAACAUUGAUAACCAAACCAAAACAGCAACAUGGCUAAUCCUAGCAGAGACAUUAAGAUGUCACCAUUCAUUGCUGAUGCUGACCCAAUUUCAACCGGUCCAAAGUGGGGAAAAAUGGAUGGAUGAGUUCGAAACCCGUCUUCGUUAUUUUCGCAUCACCGAUGACCAGGAUAGACUGGAUGCUUUGAAGAUUUACGGUGGACGUGAUAUUCGAGAAAAGAUCAAACAUCUUAGAGAUGUAACACCUGAUGACAGUGGUGAGGGUGAAGAAGAAACGGGAGCAAACAAUUCAGCAUACACAGCAGCAGUAGAAAAGCUAAAUGUCAAUAUCGCUAUUAAGAGGCCUAUUACUGAAGCACAUACAGUGGAAGAUAUAGCGUUUAAGUUAAAUGGAGCACAACAUUUUAGCAAAUUAGAUAUGAAUGAAUCGUAUCAUCAAAUUGAGCUGGAAGAGACAUCUAGACAUCUUACAACAUUUUAUGGUGUUAAUGCAACACCUAGAACUUCAACUGGUAAAUCUCCAUAUGAAAUGUUCAUGAAGCGGAUAGUCAACACUAAAUUACCUACGUUUCAAGUCGAUGUUCCUGAAAAUCGAGAAUACCUUGCCAAGGACACAAAGAAAAAAGGGGAGAUAAAAGAGUAUGCAAACCAGAAGCGGCAUGUGAAACCACACAAGUUUAUUGUCGGAAAUCCUGUGUUAGUGAAAAUCAAGAAAAAAUGUAAACUGACUACUCCUUAUGAUCCGCAACCGUAUGUAGUAGUACGUGUGAAAGGUACAAUGAUUACUGCGACAAGAUUAUCAGAUGGCAAAAGCAUUACGCGAAAUGCCUCGCAUUUUAAAUUGUUGGAAAUUCCAAUAAGAUCUGUUAUUGCAAUAAGUGAUAAUUUAAAUUCGCGAAGUGUAGACGAGGAAGAUGAAACAAAUUUGGAUGACAUUAUCAAAAAUUCUACGUUGUUAGAUUAUAAUUCGCGUGACAAAAAUAAAAGUGAUCAAAGUCAAAAGGAUAGUGUACAUUCAGAUCCUAAUCAAAGUGUUGCAUGUGAAAAUGAAAAUACCGUAAAUGAUAAUAAUCAUAGUGAUCAGGAACAAAUUAAUAGGAAUAACGGAAAUCAAGUCGAUACAAAUACUUUGGAUGUACAAGGAACAAACACUAAUCCUACACGGAAAUCUCUAAGGAUAAAACGCGCCCCAGAAAAAUUUAAGGACUAUGUUGUAGACUGUAAGGCAAAGAAAUAA